AUGGUGUCACAAACAACCAAUGUAGCUGGUACCAUGGGAUACAUGCCGCCCGAAUAUGAGAUUACUGGGAAGGCUACCAAAGAAUCUGAUAUCUAUAGAUUUGGGGUUGUUCUCUUAGAAAUUGCUUGUGGGAGAAAGUCUGUUGAGAUAAUUAAGACUAACCCAAGCGAAAGAAGUUCGGUAAACUGGGUUUGGGAGCUUUAUGGAACACAAAAGCAUCUUGAAGCGGCCGAUCCAAGUCAAGGUAUGGAUUUUGACGACCAACUAGUAGAGUGCUUGAUGAUUGUUGGGCUAUGGUGUGCGCAUCCAGACUGCAAACUCCGACCUUCCAUUGAAAAAGCUAUUCGUGUUCUUCAAUUUGAUUCUUCGCUUCCAAUUCUCCCAAGUAAGAUGCCUGUGUUCACAUAUCAAUCCCCAGCCAAUGUUCGUCCAACAGCUGCACCACUGAUUCCUCCAAGUUAAACAGGUCAUCAUCUGCUCUAUCUUCUCCCUCGAUAUCUCGAUAUCCCCCUUGUGGAAUCCACUCUAAGCCGAAGUGUAAUUUCUGAA